CAAAAAUAUACCCAACUUUCUCUUGUUCUCCUCUUCCACCAUGUUGCUUGCCCGACCCCUCAGACUUGCGGGCAUCGUUCAGCUCGCUACUGCAAUCGCACUGACUCUCGCAGCAGGCUCAGAACCAGAUCAUUCAAAGCACAAUGCCGUCCAGCUAGAAGAAUCGCUCGUCAAGACCUGCGAUUUCAAGAUCGGAGGUCAUCACUUCAAGCUUUGUCCGCUCUUCGAGGGAGAUUGGAAGUCAAGGUUCAAGCAGCUUGAAUGGGAGGAGCAGACGCCACCCACAGUGACGAAGACGGUCUACAAGAUGAGCCUGGCAGGACCGCUGAAGGUGGACAAAACUCUACCAGAGCACGAACAGUGCCCUCCGGGUACAUGGGUCUGCAAGACAACAAUAAAUACUCGACCGGACCACCGCUCGGAAGCGCCAAGGAUCCUUUCGGUCGUUCCUGUCGUAGGUGACAUUGAGGAGAACAAGAAUCAAGAGGAACAAUUUGGGGUGUUCGCCCAAUUCGGCCAAUCAUGGUCUCAGCGACCUGAUGAUGAUCUACCACCAUUAUGGAUCCGUAUGCAGGGCGGAUCCUACGUCAACGAGCCACAACGAGCAUUGAUCAAUCUCAGGUGCAAUGACACGGUCGAAGAGUCCGACCCACGCUUCUCUAUGACAUUCAGAGGCACCCACUUCUUCACCUGGACUACCUCCCAUGCCUGCUCCCACCUGCACAAAAGCAACUCUGGAGGAAGGACAGGACCACAGCAUCCUGACAAGCCUGAUGCGCCUCCCGCCGAUAUUGAUACCCCCGAGGAGCUUCUUCCUCCGGAUAUGUCCCUCUUCCCGUCUCGUUCCACGACCAGCAUCGCGCUUAGUAUACUGGCUGCGUUCCUUUUGCUCACCUACCUAGUCCUCCACCCACCACCUCUCCUUCGUCGCCUCCUCUCUCCUGCUCUCACUCCCGUCGUACGUCGUCUCCGCCGCUCUCGCUACGCCACUUUCAACACCAUCGGCGAAUCCAAACUCCUUCGUUGGGCUCAAGAAGACCUUGCCAUACCUGGAGACGAUGAUUACACGGACGAUAUGGUCAACGGAAGUGGUGGGAAUGCGUGGUUCAGUGCGGGUACGGGUGCUGCAGGGAGGGGACUGGAUAGCGAGGAGAUCCCUCUGACGCCUAGCCCGAAGAAGAUGAGCUUUGCGGAUUAUGGGGCUGCUGGGCGAUAGAUCGCUCGCCCUUCGGGAACACUUAUUUUGCUGUGUCUCGGUCUUCCGCAUAGCGCAAGAAACUCGAUAAAGCUGCGCAUGCCGAACAGGACGAGGAGAAGGAUGUAGAGACAACGUUGAAUGUUUGGUCUUUUGUACUAUUAUCUUCUACUCGGUAUAUAUGCUUUCGCUGUGUGUAUGUAGAUCUAGCUAUUUCCUGGUAGUCUUCUGUAAAAUGUAUGGUAAAGGAACGAUACACAAGUUCUGCAUC